GCACCUCUGACGUCACACUCUAUCAGUCCAGACGGGAGCUCACAUCACCUUCCUUAACCACAAAGCAAUUCAUCAAACAGUUCAUAAGAAGGGGCCUCAACCACCUCAACCACGUUCCUCAUCUUGUCUGAGACAUCUUCUUACAACCAAAGGCAAACCUCAAAAAAGCCGCAUGCCAACCUUCAACAAACAACACACCCAAACCAAAAUAAAAGACGUCCCCCUCUUAAACAAACUUGCACCCGCCUCCCAACAACACAAACCAAUCUUGCCCAAAAUGCCCGUCGGAAACAGCGACCAGAACGCAGGCGUCACGGGCGGCGCAAAGUUCGUCACCUCGGCCCUCGGCAACACCGUCGGCGGCGUCACCCGCACCGUCGGCAACGUGACCGGCGCCGCGACCCAGGGCGUCGGCGACACCAUCUCCAGCGCGACCGGGUCCGCUGGCCGCCCUGUCGGUGACGGGAUUGCCAACCUUGGACAGGGAUUGUCGGGCGCGCUGAACUCUGUUGGCAAGGGGGCUGAGGAUGCUGGUCAGUGGAAGAGAUCUUGAAGAACGAGAUAGGAUCUGAAUGGGAUAUGAUUAUGGGAAGGAAAGGGAGAAUGAAGCAGGAUGAUGAUGACUUGGGAGGUUCUUUUACUUGUGUUAUUAGGAGCGUUCACGUCAUGGAAUCACCGUGAUUUAUGUGGAAUAUAAUGAUAUCCCUU